GAGGACGGAAAGUACAAUUUAGGACGAGACCAUCAUUACCCGUACUCCUCAAGAUGACCAAACGCACAAAGAAAGUCGGUAUCACUGGAAAAUAUGGUACUCGUUACGGUGCCUCCCUGCGAAAACAGGUGAAAAAAAUGGAAAUCUCGCAGCAUGCGCGGUACACCUGCACUUUCUGCGGCAAAGACACCGUGAAGCGGACAGCUGUUGGCAUCUGGAACUGCGGGUCGUGCAGAAAAGUCAUCGCUGGAGGUGCAUGGACCGUGUCGACGACGGCAGCCGCGACUGUACGAAGUACCGUUCGCCGUCUACGGGAGAUCACAGAGGCAUAGAGUUAUUAUUUCCUUCUCUCUCGUUGUCAUCGUCUCCCCACGUACCUUUUGUAUGUUCGUAUGUCGCCAUGAAAUCAAAACCACUAUGAACGGCCUGAAAGCGUGUUCCUUUGCCAAGUUGUUAAAAUGAUAUUCCUUGUGCAGUAACAUGGAGAUUAUCAUACGAAAUGAAUGUUUUCUCAUGAUGAUCACGG